AUGUUUUGGAGCGAAAAGGAAAGGGAGAACAAUGGGAAUGGUGGACCUCCUUGUGGGCAAGUCAGAGUGCUUGUUGUUGGAGAUUCAGGUGUUGGGAAAACUUCUCUCGUUCAUCUGAUUAUGAAAGGUUCUUCCAUUGCUCGCCCUCCUCAAACAAUUGGCUGUGUGGUUGGCGUGAAGCAUACUACGUAUGGAACUUCUGGUAGCUCUUCGAAGAGCGUCAAAGGUGAUGUACAGAGAGAUUUUUUUAUUGAACUUUGGGAUGUAUCAGGGCAUGAACGAUACAGAGAUUGCCGGUCCCUGUUCUAUUCACAAAUCAAUGGUGUAAUGUUUGUGCAUGAUCUUUCACAAAGGAGGACGAAGACAAGCUUGCAGAAGUGGGCAGCAGAGAUUGCAGCAACAGGGACAUUCUCGGCUCCUUUAGCGUCUGGAGGUCCAGGUGGCCUUCCUGUUCCCUAUAUAGUUAUCGGUAACAAAGCAGAUAUUGCUACAAAAAAGAAUACAAGAGGGAGCAGUGGAAAUCUUGUUGAUGUUGCUCGCCAGUGGGUUGAGAAGCAAGGAUUACUUCCAUCGAGUGACGAACUCCCAUUGAUGGAGAGUUUCCCGGGCAGUGGAGGCCUUCUAGCAGCUGCUAAAGAAGCGAGAUACGAUAAAGAAGCUAUGAUGAAAUUUUUUCGAAUGUUGAUCCGGCGAAGAUACUUUUCAGAUGAAUUGCCUGGCGCCAGCCCUUGGUCGACCUCAAUUCACAAGUCAUUGGGACAAUCAAGUGAAAUUUUGAGUGAUGAGGAUCGGCAGAACAUGAAUUCCAGUUUGAUUGGCGACCAGUACAAGUACAAUGCGCUUCCUCCGCUACCGGCUCAGCACAACCUGACGCCACCUCCCACGCUUUAUCCACAGAGGCCAAUGUCAACGCCAGACAAUUAUAACAUCCCACGAUUUGCAUUGACGGGCUACCAAGAGAUUGGUGGGGCAAGAUCAAAGCGUACAGAUAUUAAUGUAUGA